ACGCGGAGUGCUGCUCUGCAAAGGGGAGUUCCUGCCAUCAAUCUGUUUACCAGUUCACAUAUGAAGAACUAUAUCAACGCCGCGUAUGCAAUGUUUGGAGAGCAGUUUGGCUGCAUUUACCAUAGGCUCCUUCGUUAAAAACAGACUUAUUGCGUUCCUCAAUGAACAAUUAAUUGCUAGUUUAGUUAAUUACAUCGAUAAGUGAAAAUGUUCCGACCGGUUCACUUUGUGUUGCUGCUGCUGAGCUCUGUUUUGGUGGACUGCUCAUCCGUUGUUGAAGAGUGCAUAACAUCCAAUGGAGAGGACUACAGAGGAAUGCAACACAGGACAUCCGUUGGGAACAUUUGUCUAAACUGGAAUAAGUUAAACCUAAAGUUUAAAGACAUAAAGACAGGUGUUGGAGAGCACAAUUUCUGUCGCAACCCAGAUGGUUCAGAGAAGCCCUGGUGCUAUGUCUCCGGGUCCAGUGGAGUGGCCAGAAAAGAAGCAUGUGAUAUUAGGGCAUGCCAAGACCAAAAUUCCACAGAAACCAUGGUUCCAGAAGAGUCUGAAGCCACUCCAGUCCCAACACAGAGGAUGGCGGAGGCCUUCGAACCCGCAAACUCCUUCCCCUCCCAGGCUGAGGGUGCCAUAGUGCAGCCCGUAAAAGGAGUCCUACGGCCAGUCCGAGCAGGACCUAAAAUGAAGAAAGACCUUGGGACUCUUGGUUAUGUUCUUGCAGUACUCAUGAUGGCCAUCAUCAUCCUCCUCGGAGGCGGCAUCACAAUGGGAUACUUCUACAAACGGGGUCGUGACCUUAAGAAACAGCAUGACCAGCGCGUUUAUGAGCGCGAGAUGCAUCGCAUCACUCUUCCUCUCUCUGCCUUUGCCAAUCCCACCUGUGAGCUUGUUGACGAAAACACCAUCAUCAUCACAGCUGAACCUAACAACCAAACCCCCACUCAGGAGCCCGCAGAGGGGGCCGACCCUCUUAUGGGGCCUGCAGGGACUCCCGGAGCCUGAGAGAGGAACAGGAUGAGCGCCUGGACAGGCUUAGAUAAGACAUGACUAUUCUGGACUACGGAACCUCAGAGGACCAAACCCCACAUCCACUUGCUUCUGCCCAUCAUCUCUAUUCUCUGUGACCUGCCUUUACAGCACAGUUUCAUGGUAAAAGUAGAGCCUGUGCUGGAAAACUGGAAAGGGUUUGAAAAGGUGGGUUUGUAUAAAUAUGCAUGUCAGGGAUUCUCGUUUUCCUUGCAAUUAAAUUUAAAGUACAUUGCACAUCAUUACAGUGGAUGAAUACUCCCUGCUUGUUAAACUCUAGUGAGAGGGCAACAAUGCCAAUGACAAACAUGCAUCCUUUUAUGAAGUGACUAUGGAUCAGAUCAUCUAAAAGGUAUAUUGUUUUGAAAGAGGAGAAAAUCCAUUAUUUUCCUCUUCUAACUUUAUCUUGUUUUUGUUCCUAAUGCAGUUAAACCGGAGAAAAGUGUUAGACACUGACGCCGCACAACUGUGCUUUUCACUGAAUAAGGAGCAGUACUAGAGCUAAUUUGAUAGUGCUAUCCAAGAAAUUCGUAUUCAAC